ACACAGCCCGGCUUGUGGAGCGGAGCUCAGCCAGGGGAAGCUUCGGAAGCUCCCAGCGCCCUUUCCACUGAGAAUGUAUUCUUACCGGCAGCCGCCUGCUAUCGCCGGAGAGCGGGAAUGGCCAUCCUGCGCCUCACACCCAGCGGGCCGCUUUGACAGAUAGAUACGCGCUCUGGCUGCCGCGCUAUAAUACACUGAGGGGGGAGGAGGGGGUGUUUUUUUUUUUUUUUUUUUGUUUCCCGCCCGUUUUGAAACGGAAGCGGCGGGGACGCGCGGGGCGGGAGCGCGCCCCCUCCUGACACAGAUCUGCUCACGUUACUAUAAAUGGUUUGAAGCUGUGGGAGGCGGCAGCAGCAGCAGCUGCGUCGGCCGGGCUCUCGCAUACAGCCUGCAUUUAUAUAAGAGACUCUCGGCCGCAGGGACAUCCGAAGCAGGGGGGUCGCGGAGUGGGCUGGGCCGGGCCUGAGGAAGUCACCUAUUAUUGUGUCUGUGACGCGCCUCCCUCCACUCCCCCCUCCCCCGCGUUAGUGGCUGCAGUGGUACAUCCCAGGGUGUGGAGCCUCAGACAUAGGAGAGCACAAGAGUUUACAGAGCCGGGGAUUGCGAUCAUCUGGCCCGGGACAUCCCGCACCCAGCCCCCGUCUCCUCCCGGGGCCGAGCGACUACUGGAGCGCCGCGGCAGCCGUGCAGGCCGCCUCCUUCGCUGGGUGUGUGCGGCGCCGAGCCGCCGGAGUCUCCAGGACGUGACCUUCCAUGACCCGCGUUCACCUUGCCCUGGGUCCCGGGGCUGUGGACGGGCGGUCCGCGGAGCGGGCCCUCCGAGCGCUGCGCCUGUGCCUUGUCUGUCCGCACCCAUCAGGUAGCAUGCUUCCCCAAAGAUAAGGCCCAGCGCCUGGCCCUGGCCUAUUGCACUUGGUGGAACAGGGUUACUCAUCAUCCUCCUCGUCAAUGACUGGAUUAUUACUCUCAUCCUCCUCCUCCUCCUCACCGUUCCUGGUCAGAGAGCCUCUUUGACGCCCUGGAGUAUAUCUUCUGUCAGCCCCUCUAGAAGGCCUGUCACUUCUACCUGUAGCACCGGCCCCGGAUGACAUGGAUCCCUGACACUUCAGCCAUUUUACCCUUUGCCUUUUUUCUAAUUUGAUUUCUGUUUGCUGACAACUUGGUAUUUCCUGCUCUGACUACCACCUGCUGCUGUGUGGACUGUGCUUUUUGGACCGGGGCUUAUUAUUUUUUAUUGUGAAACACAUCGAUGGUGAUUACAUCCGGCUCUGAAGAGGCGCCCCCUCAGAGAAUGCUGACGGCGUUACCCACAGAAUGGGGCAGUAAGGAUCCGGCGUGUCCCUGCAGCAAGAAGCCUUCCAGAAGUGGCAGCAGUACAGGAUGCAAGUCCUCCUCUUCUUUCUGUCUGGCUGCCCCUUUUGCCUUUGUCCCCACUGAGGCAAGCAUGUCGAGCCAGCACAGCCACGCUCCUUUCUCCAGCCUUCAAUCAAUGGCUGAUCAUCAGCAGGUCCUGCCAGAUAUGACCAUUUUACAACGGCGGAUUCCAUUAACCUUCCGAGAAUCGGCAGCUGCACCUCUACGGAAGCUUUCAGUGGACUUGAUAAAGACUUACAAGCACAUAAAUGAGGUCUAUUAUGCUAAAAAGAAGCGCCGUGCCCAACAAGUGCCACCUGAAGACUCCAGCACGAAGAAGGAAAGGAAAGUGUUCAACGAUGGGUUUGAUGACGAUAACUACGAUUACAUAGUUAAGAAUGGAGAGAAGUGGAUGGACCGAUAUGAAAUAGAUUCACUGAUUGGAAAAGGAUCUUUUGGACAGGUGGUGAAAGCAUACGAUCACCAUGAUCAAGAAUGGGUAGCCAUUAAAAUCAUUAAAAAUAAGAAGGCUUUUUUGAACCAGGCCCAGAUAGAGCUGAGACUACUUGAGCUUAUGAACAAACAUGACACCGAAAUGAAGUAUUACAUAGUGCAUUUAAAACGACACUUUAUGUUUCGGAACCAUCUUUGUCUGGUGUUCGAGUUAUUAUCUUACAACUUGUACGACCUUUUAAGAAAUACAAACUUCCGUGGAGUCUCUCUAAACCUGACCCGAAAGUUUGCUCAGCAACUUUGCACCGCUCUGCUCUUCUUGGCCACUCCUGAGCUCAGUAUCAUUCAUUGUGACCUGAAACCUGAGAACAUUCUUCUAUGUAACCCAAAACGCAGUGCCAUCAAAAUUGUGGACUUUGGCAGCUCCUGUCAGCUUGGACAAAGGAUCUACCAGUAUAUUCAAAGCCGCUUUUAUCGGUCACCUGAGGUGUUACUGGGGAUGCCGUACGACCUGGCUAUAGACAUGUGGUCUUUAGGGUGUAUUUUGGUGGAAAUGCACACGGGAGAACCUUUAUUCAGCGGAUCCAAUGAGGUGGAUCAGAUGAACAAAAUAGUAGAAGUCCUGGGAACUCCCCCAAACCACAUGUUGGAUCAGGCCCCAAAGGCACGGAAAUACUUUGACAAACUUCCUGAAGGAACGUGGACUGUAAAGAAAAAUAAAGAUAUCAAGAAGGACUACAAAGUGCCAGGAACUCGUAGGCUCCAUGAAGUUCUGGGUGUAGAAACUGGUGGUCCCGGUGGACGCAGAGGAGGAGAACAGGGACAUUCGCCAUCAGAUUAUCUCAAAUUUAAAGAUUUAAUUUUACGGAUGUUGGAUUAUGACCCUAAAACUAGGAUUACCCCUUUUUAUGCGCUCCAGCACAAUUUCUUCAAGAAAACGACAGAUGAAGGGACAAAUACAAGUAACAGUAACUCUACAAGCCCUGCAAUGGACCAUAGUCACUCAACCAGUACAACUAGUUCUGUGUCCAGCUCAGGAGGAUCAAGUGGCUCUUCUAACGAUAACCGCAAUUACCGGUACAGCAACAGAUACUAUAACAGUGCUGUUGCCCACACAGAUUAUGAGAUGCAGAGUCCACAGGCUCAUUCUCAGCAGCAGAUAAGACUGUGGGCUGGCGGAGAUGUUCCAAUCACAAACAGCGAUUCCUACCCUCAGAUCUUACCUCACAAGCCUACUCCCAGUCAGCCGCAACAUUUUCAUGGAAACGAACCACAUCACCCCCACCCGCUGUAUCAUCAUGUUAACCGGCCACACUACCAUCGGCAGCUCAUCACCUCCUCUUCUCCGCAAAUCCCAGAGUCUAUGGAGCUCAGCUUGGGACACAGACACCCCCAGUCUUCCUCUUCAUUGCACCCACACCACCCUAGCUUAGACUGCACUCCGUUUGGCUCCUCAAACUUACACUUAGGGGUUUCUGCUUUUCGGACUAGAACAGUCAGUGGGCAUAACGAUUCUGGUGUGCCUCUGAAUUAUCCCUACUCUAGCAACACAUCCAGCAUGGUUGGACCACCUCAUAUCCGAAACAGGACGGAAACUGAAGAGAGUGCGAUGUUAGGCGUUUGUGUCCCUCAGAGUACAGCAGCAAGCUCUUGAUGAUUCUUUCAUGUAAAAUUAAAGCCAUACCAAUAAUAGAAAAUACUGAAUUCGGAGGAGGGCUGACAGGCUGCAGGGUGGGGUUGUGGAAAAAGGGUGAGCUGGCUUUUAUCACAACCAUCAAACAAAAAAAAUGUCAAGGUGUAGCUGUUAAUGUGAAUUGUUUAUUUAUUAAAAAAAAUCACUACGA